AUGAGCUCUAAUAAAUAUCUCUCGGAAAAGGGAGAACAACAAGAUCUUGACCGUCAUUCAAGUGAUGGAUCAACACAAACUAUCAAUGGACUCCAAAAUUAUGAAAUUGCAGACCAAUCUUAUGGUGAACCCGAUGCUAAUGCUGUUGACAUCAAAGCUGCAAAGUCAGAAUAUCAAGAACUUAAACGUGAAUUAUCUCGAAUCAGUCGUAAAUCAACACACGCUAGCAAAUUAGAAGAAGGUGCUGCUGCGUCUGACGAAUUUAAUCUCGAUGAAUAUCUUAAUGGCCUUCGUCGUGAUGAAGAAGAGGCUGGUCACACACAGAAGUACUUGGGUUUGGUCUGGAAAGAUUUGACUGUGAUGGGUGAAGCUGCUGAUGCUCAUACAAUUUCUACUGUCUUUACUUUUAUUCAAUUCUGGAAGUAUCUUGGUAUUGGUGCCAGUAAAAACAAAAAGACAAUCCUUCACAACUUAAACGGUCAUUGUAAAGAAGGUGAAAUGUUGCUUGUCUUGGGUCGUCCAGGCGCAGGCUGUACUACCUUUUUAAAAGUCAUGGCUAAUCUUCGUGGUGCUUACACUGAUAUCAACGGUACUGUUAGCUAUGGUGGUAUUGAUCCCAAUACUUUUGCCAAACGUUAUCGUGGCCAAGUUUGUUACAACGAAGAAGAAGAUCAACAUUACCCUACCUUAACAGCAAAGCAAACACUCGAAUUUGCUCUUCGCAUGAAGACACCCGGUACUCGUCUUCCCGAUGAAACCAGACAAGAUUUUGUUAAUAAGGUUCUUUACAUGCUUGGUAACAUGCUCGGUCUUACUAAGCAAAUGAACACCAUGGUUGGUAACGCUUUUGUCCGUGGUUUGUCUGGUGGUGAACGUAAACGUAUGUCUAUUGCUGAACAAAUGACAACACACAGUUCUAUCAACUGUUGGGACUGUUCUACUCGUGGUCUUGAUGCUGCCUCAGCUCUUGAUUAUGUCCGUGCUCUCCGUAUCAUGACAGAUAUUCAACACAAGACAACAGUAGCCACUCUUUAUCAAGCUUCCAACAGCAUCUUUUCUCUUUUUGAUAAAGUUCUCUUAUUAGAUGAAGGCCGUUGCUUGUAUUUUGGUCCUGUUGAAUACGCCAAAGAAUACUUUGAAUCUCUUGGUUUCUUCUGUCCUCCUCGUAAAUCUGUUCCUGAUUUCUUGACUGGUCUUUGUAACCCUAUUGAACGUGAAAUCAUUCCUGGAUUUGAAAAGACUGCACCUCGUUUUGCUUCUGAUUUCGAACAACGAUACCUUGAAUCUGAUGUAUAUAGACAAGCUAUGGCUGAUCUUGGUGCCUACGAACAACAAAUUGCUAGCGGAAGUCCUAGUGAAACCUUUAGAAAAGCUGUUGAUGAAGAACAUCAAAAGCGUGCUAGCAAAAAGGCCCCUUAUACCGCUUCUUUCUAUCAGCAAGUCAAGGCACUUACUAUUCGUCAAUACUAUCUUAAUAUCACUGACUUGGGUGCUCUUAUUUCUCGUUAUGGUACAAUUCUUAUCCAAUCCUUGAUUACUGCUUCAUGUUUCUUCAAAAUGAGCGAAGAUGGUAUGGGUGCUUUCUCUAGAGGUGGUGCUCUUUUCUUUGCUGUCUUGUUCAAUUCUUUCAUUUCUCAAUCCGAACUCAUGAGUUUCUUGAUGGGUAGACCCAUCUUAGAAAAACACAAACAAUAUGCUCUUUACCGUCCUUCUGCUUUCUAUCUUGCUCAAGUAGUCAUGGAUGUUCCCUAUGCUAUUGCUCAAGUACUUCUCUUUGAAAUAUGUGCUUACUUUAUGAUGGGCUUGAAAUUGACUGCUGGUGCCUUCUUUACAUUCUUUGUUGUCUUGUUCUUUAUUAACAUGUGUAUGAACGGUUUCUUCAGAUUCUUUGGUGCCUCUACUUCUAGCUUCUUCCUUGCUACACAAGUUUCCGGUAUUAUUCUUAUCGCUGUUACCUCCUAUACAGGUUAUACCAUUCCUUACAACAAAAUGCAUCCUUGGUUGUUUUGGAUUUACUGGAUCAAUCCCUUAACUUAUGGUUACAAGGCUCUUCUCAUCAACGAAUUGGGUGGUCAAUCUUAUUCUUGUGAAGGUGUUGGCAACAGUGUCCCUUACGGCCCUGGUUAUGAUGACUGGAACCACAAGGUCUGCACCAUGACUGGUGGUAAACCUGGUCAAAAUUUUGUCCUUGGUGAUGAUUACUUGCGUGAAAGUCUUAGUUAUGAACCUAGCCAACUUUGGGCUCCUGAUUUCAUUGUUGUCGUUGCCUUCUUCUUGUUCUUUACUUUCUUGACUGCUAGUGCUAUGGAAUUUGGUGGCUUAAGCAAGGCUGGUACUCUUACUAAACUUUACUUGCCCGGUAAGGCUCCCAAGCCUCGUACAAAUGAAGAAGAAGAAGAAAGACGUCGUAAGCAAGCCAACAUUAGUUCUGAAAUGGAAGGCGUUUCUGAUGGUACUACUUUCUCUUGGGAAAACAUCAAUUAUACUGUACCUUACAAAGGUGGUCAGCUCCAACUAUUGAACAAUGUCUGUGGUCUUGUUCGUCCUGGUCAUCUUACUGCUUUGAUGGGUUCUUCUGGUGCUGGUAAGACUACUCUUUUGGAUGUCUUGGCUCGUCGUAAGACCAUUGGUAAAGUUGAAGGCGAUAUUUUCUUGAACUAUGAAGCCCUCAUGACUGAUUUCGAACGUAUUACUGGUUACUGUGAACAGAUGGAUGUCCAUCAACCUGCUGUCACUGUUCGUGAAGCCCUCCGUUUCUCCGCUUAUCUCCGUCAACCUGCUGAAGUUCCUCGAGAAGAAAAAGACAAGUAUGUCGAAACCAUUCUCGAACUUUUGGAAAUGGACGAUAUUGGUGAUGCUCAAAUUGGUCAAGUCGAAAGUGGUUAUGGUAUCUCUGUUGAAGAACGUAAGCGUUUAACUAUUGGUAUGGAAUUGGUCGGUAAGCCCAAGCUUCUUUUCUUGGAUGAACCUACUUCUGGUCUUGAUGCUCAAUCUUCUUUCAACAUCAUUCGAUUUAUUCGUAAGCUUGCUGAUGCUGGUUGGCCCGUCUUGUGUACUAUCCAUCAACCUUCUGCUAUCUUGUUUGAACACUUUGACCACCUUUUGCUUUUAGUUCGUGGUGGUAAGACUGCUUACUAUGGUGAAAUUGGUAAAGAUUCUCAAACUAUGAUCAACUACUUCCAAUCCAAUGGUGGCCCUAUUUGUUCUCCUGAUGCUAACCCUGCUGAAUACAUUCUUGAAUGUGUUGGUGCUGGUACUGCUGGUAAAGCAAAGGCUGAUUGGGCUGAAAUCUGGCAAAAGUCUCCUGAAGCUAAAGCCUUAGCUGCUGAACUUGAAGAAAUUCGUAACAAUUCCAACCCCAAUCCUACUCGUGAAGCUAAAACUUAUGCUACUGGUUACGGUACUCAAUUUAAAUUGGUUUUCAAGCGUAUGUCAUUGGCUUAUUGGAGAUCUCCUGAAUACAAUGUGGGUCGUUUCUGUAACGUCAUGUUUACCUCUUUGAUCACUGGUUUUACUUACUGGAAGCUUGGAAAUAGUUCUUCUGAUCUUUUGAACAAACUCUUUGCUCUCUUUGGUACCUUCAUUAUGGCCAUGGUCUUAAUUAUUUUGGCUCAACCUAAGUUCAUGGUUGAACGUCAAUUCUUCCGUCGUGAAUAUGCUUCCCGUUACUACAGUUGGUUAUCUUGGGCUAUUUCUGCUGUGCUUGUCGAACUCCCUUACAUCUUCUUCUAUGCUGCCUUCUUCAUGUUUGGUUUCUACUGGACUGCUGGUAUGACAAACAACUCCGAGACUGUUGGUUUCUUCUACAUUCACUUCUCCAUGCUUGUCUGUUGGGCCGUCUCUCUUGGUUUUGUUAUUGCUGCUUUCUCUGAAUCACCCUUGAUGGCUUCUGUCAUUAAUCCUUUGGUCAUUUCCUUGCUUAUCUUGUUUGCUGGUUUGAUGCAAGCACCUUCUGCUAUGCCUAAAUUCUGGAGCUCCUGGAUGUACUGGCUUGAUCCUUUCCACUACUACAUUGAAGGCCUUUCUGUCAACGAAUUGAGCAAUAUCAAGGUGACUUGUACUGAAGGUGAUUUUAUCAAAUUCACUCCUCCUGAAGGUCAAACAUGUGGCCAAUACACUGCCAACUUCUUCAGCUAUGGUGCUACUGGUUACAUUGGUAACCCUGAUGCUACCUAUCCUGAUUAUUGUAAUUAUUGUACUUAUUCCUCUGGUGCUGAAUUCUAUACGACUCGAUUUGGUUGGGAUGCUAGCCACAAGUGGCGUAACUUUGGUGUCCUCUGUUCCUACUUUGCCUUCAAUGUCUUGCUCUUUAUUAGUCUUGUCUUUAUCUUUAGAAAGCCCAGACGAUAA